UCUUGUUAGAGUUUGAUUAAUGGAUCAUUCUCUGAAUUUUUCAUCUAGAGGCAGAGCAGUACCUGGCUGCAAAAACCAAAGUGGUUCUGAUGAGGAAAGUGGAUGGACAUCUUACUUAGAAGAUUUCUCAAAAGGCAUAGAGCCAAGUUAUUGUUCCAGUUUGGAUGGCUCCUCUUUGCUCUCAGAUGCUGCUUCUUGUGCUGCAUGGAAAUUUUCUCAUCAGAAUUUUAAGGUCAGCACUGCACCAAAUCUACCCAAAAAACUAAGCUUCAAGAAAGCAAGAGCCAAACAGAUAUCAGAGGAUGACCCUUUGGAAGACACUGCUAGCUCUCCAGUCAAUAGCCCCAAGGUUAGAGACUUGAAUCCAGCUGAAAUGAGUUCUAGGAAGGUUGAUGAUCAACUAGAAGGUUCUAUGGGUAAGGAAUUCAUCACAUCAUCAGAGCAUUAUUCAGAUUUGAAGAUGGAUGAUAAUGAGCAUGAAUUAAAAUUUAAUGGAAAGAACAUUGAUUGCACAGACUUGAAGAAAAGGGGGCUAUGCUUGGUUCCUUUGUCUUUGUUGGUUAAUUAUUUGGGGUGACUGAUACUUUUGUCUAUAUACACCUCUCUCUCUCUCUCUCUUUCUAUAUAUAUAUAUAUAUAUAUAUAUACCCCUCCUUUUCUAUGUGUUCUUCUAUGUGGCUCAAGUUAUGGAAUUGUAUAGUAUUAAAGAGCAUGAUCAGUGACUGUGAUGUAUAAUUUGUUUGUGACUGUGUAUAUUAAUUAAUUCUAGUUAGUAGUUUGGUAAA